AUGGAUCGUGCAUGUGGGUCUGUGACUCAUCCUCCGUUUCUUGAUGAGAAUACUAACUAUGGGGCUUGGAAAGCUAAGAUGAAAUCUUUUCUGUGGGCUCAAGGUACAAAGGUGUGGACAACUAUUGAGAAUGGUUGGGAACCUCCAACAAAGGAAAUUAAAGGGCGUGGAAAAGAGGUUGAAGGUGAAGGCCAGUCGACAACAAAGGUUGUAAUUAAGCAAAAUACAGAGUGGACUGAUGAAGAAAACGAUAUGAGUGCCUACAAUCAAAAAGGUCUUAACUCCAUCUUCACUGCGGUAUCAGCUGAAAAUUUGAGUUUAUAUGUCAUUGCAAAACCUCAAAGGAGGCUUGGGAUAUUCUGGAAAUUACUCUUGAAGGAAAUGCCACUGUCAGAGAAUCCAAACUUCAACAACUGA